UUUCGAUCUGAUCCAGUAUGUACACACACACACACAAAAAGCAAAUUCAAAUUGCUCAGAAAAAAUCUAUUUCCCGCGUUGACGAAAGAGUAGCGAACACACUCCCAUUUUGCUUCAGUUUAUGAGCUCUGAGUUCUGAGUUCCGAGUUUCCGACGCCGAUUAGGGUUUUUGUAAUCAAUCUCUCGCAGCAGCUUUCUCUCCCGGCAAUCUCUGGUACACACGUCGUUUUCACUCUUAUCAACUUUGUAAGAGAUGGAAAGCAAUUUACAAAAGUCUCCUAAGCUGGGGCAUCCUGCCGAUACUUCUGAUGCAAAAUAUGUGUCUGGGCUCAGCACGAUUCUGGUUGCAACUAUACAAGAAGCUAAAGACAGGAUAUCUCAGAUAGAGUACAUAUUUUGCAGUCAACUCUUUCCCAAUUUUCAGACGAAUUUCCAAAGCUUGCAGAAAAUACUUUCCGAAGCAAGAGAAGCUGCCGAAUCUGAGUAUAAAGACAAGGAAAAAGACCUGCUACUCCAAAUCGAGAAGCUUCAGUGUCAAAAGCAGCAAGUUCUGGAAGAAAAUCAAUCGAAAUCGUCCCACUUACAUAGUUAUGAAAGAACAAUAAAAGAUCUUGAAGAAAAAAAUUCCGUGCAUCUGAAAAUGCAAAAGAAGCUGGAGGUUGAUAAUAACGAGUUGCGCCUAGAGCUAAUGAAGAAAUCUAAGGAAGUUGAUGAGGUAAUGGAGUUGCAGAAUAAGCUUCUCCAAGUUAACCAAUCAAAAGCCUCUUUGAUAGUGCAGAAGGAAAUCCAAUUGAAGAAUCACGAAGAGAAAAUAAUCGGGCUCAUUUCUAAACUCAAGAAUAUUGAGAAUAACGUUUAUGAGAUGGAGUCGGAACUCAGAGACAAGACAAAAGAAGUAGAGAAGGGGAAGGAAUUGCAAGGAAAUUUGCUAAAGAAAAUGGAAUUUCAAGCCUCUGAAAUAAUGAAUAACGAACAACUAUUGAGUAAGUAUGAGAUAGAAAAUCGAGCUCUUGCAGCAAAACUAGAGAGUUUGGUGAGUUGUACCGAUGAGCUCCAGAAAGAACUCGGGAGAAAAAAUUCUGAACUGGAGGAGUUUAGAAAAAUGAAAGGGCAGUUCGUCCAACAAAGCGAUUCAUUUAAUUUCGGAAACAUCAAGAAAGAGCAAUCAUUAGAAGAAUUUGACGAGGAGAGGAAACGGCUUUUGGAUAAACAGAAAUAUUUGGAAGAUAAAGUUGAGAAGCUCGAAAAAGGUCUCUCUGAUAGAAUCGAAGAGUCUUCUGAAGGGAUGGAGUUGCACGGGAAGCUGUUGCAGCAGAUUCAGGUAAAAGAUUCCGAUUUACAAUCUGAAAAGAGGAAGAAAAGGGAUGCUAUUGUAGCUUAUAAGAAGCUCAAAUCUGAAUACAACUUUCUCUUGAAAAAAUAUGCUCUUACUCAAGAGACUAUGCUGCCUCCCGACAAAAUGGGAGACGAAAGUGAAACAAUCCGACACUAUCAAACUCCAGUACCAUCACGUGAUAUUGAUAAUCAUACUUCAAAGGUUUCUGGCACCGCUAGUGAUGUAAUAAAACCAGUGAACGAGCAAGAAUUACUAGAGGGGAAAAAAGGAGUUCCGUUCGUUCAGAAAUCUAGUCCCGUCUCACCAUCUACUUCAAAUAUUCCCGUCGCUCCAAGAUUCCCAAGCAGUGUAAAAACUUGUCCGCCAGCUGGCGCAAAGCGCCCUCUCUCGUACUGGAGGGACACCCGGUCCCACCAGAGCCGUGUGGGACCCGACCCCCAUGACGAUUUUCUCGACACUCCUCUUGAAAACGUGAGAGGAAAUUUAGGGAAGAUGGCGAAGCAGAACAUUCCGGAAGUUUCUAAACCAAGUCCAGUAGACACUACGCUCGAUAACUCCGAAACACAGGACAUGGAUGCUGAUGCUGAACGGGAAAUGAUGCGCACGUCGCCACCUCCAAAGACUGGAGCAUCGGGUUUUAAGUAUGUUGAACCGGUACGAAAGAAAUUUAUGAGGGAUAAUCUGAAGGGCGUUGAAUGCAAGCAAUGCAAGAAGUUCUACGAUGCAGUUCUUCCUGGCGCUGGUGGCGAAAAUUCGAAGCAAAACAACCGCUGCGAGCACCACGAGGGGGUGUCUAGGCAUCGAUAUAGGUAUGCGCCUCCUUUAACUCCUGAGGGAUUUUGGAAUAUUGGUUUUGAGUCUGAAAUGUAGGGUCUCCUUCGAGUUAGUUAUAUUUUCCGGAUUGGAUUUAAUUGCAAAUAAUAUGGUUUUAUAGUAUAA